GGGAGCCUGGAUCCCGGAGCCCUGUGCCUCGUGUGGAGCGGCCAGUGCACCGGCAGGCGAGCUGACGCUCUGGAAAGAAGUAAAAUUGCAGCCUCCCCAAAGACGCUAAGUUACGCAGGCCAGCUAGUUCCCGGAGAGCGUUCGUGAGCGCGCAGAGAGCCGAGCCGCAGAGCCCUCCCGGGCCAGCCGGCCGGGAUUGGGGCAGCGGACCUGUGCACGGGGUCCGGUCCGGAGUGCGCCGGGGUACAGAGAGGGGGCGUGUAAGGCUCCACCGGGCCGCCCGCAGCCCGCGCCCGACUUGGGCGCCCCCUCCGUUCCUCUCCGGGAGCGAUGCCCCCCGCCCCUUGCGCCCCCCGGGAACGCCUCGAGCAUGGAGAAGUCGAGUAGCGAGGAUUCUUCGAUCCACCGGAGUCCAUCUUUGGACAGCAAGGACUCGGACUUUGCCAAGCCGUCCACCUCUGGCCGCCCGUUCGGCCGCGGCUUCACAGCCGGAGCCUUCUAUGGCACCGCGGGCUCCCGGGGCCAGAGCCGCGCCGAGGCUGGCGUCAAGACCGACAAGUACAAUGCCCCCAAAGGCAGCAAGUACGUGGUGUUUUACCUGGACCUGUCCUUUGUUUUCCUCCUAGAAUUUAAGAAGUGCAACAUGGCCAGGGGCUGCCUCUGCUGCUUGAAGUACAUGAUGUUCCUCUUCAAUUUGAUAUUCUGGCUCUGUGGCUGCGGGCUGCUUGGAGUGGGCAUUUGGCUCUCCGUGUCCCAAGGCAACUUUGCCACCUUCUCCCCCAGCUUCCCUUCGCUGUCUGCAGCCAACCUGGUCAUCGCCAUAGGCACCAUUGUCAUGGUGACGGGCUUCCUGGGCUGCCUGGGGGCCAUCAAGGAAAACAAGUGCCUCCUCCUCAGUUUUUUCAUCGUGCUGCUGAUCAUCCUCCUCGCAGAGCUGAUCCUACUCAUCCUCUUCUUCGUCUACAUGGACAAGGUGAACGAGAACGCCAAGAAGGACCUGAAGGAAGGCCUGCUGCUGUACAACACGGAGAACAACGUGGGCCUCAAGAAUGCCUGGAACAUCAUCCAGGCCGAGAUGCGCUGCUGUGGCGUCACGGACUACACAGACUGGUACCCGGUGCUGGGCGAGAACACGGUCCCCGACCGCUGCUGCAUGGAGAACUCCCAGGGCUGCGGGCGCAACAGCACCACCCCGCUGUGGAGAACAGGCUGCUAUGAGAAGGUGAAGAUGUGGUUCGAUGACAACAAGCACGUGCUGGGCACAGUGGGGAUGUGCCUCCUCAUCAUGCAGAUUCUGGGCAUGGCCUUCUCCAUGACCCUCUUCCAGCACAUCCACCGGACUGGUAAAAAGUACGACGCCUGAGCGGCCAGCGGGAGCCCCAGCCCCCACGCGGACACAGGCCAGGGAAGGAGAUUCAAGUUUGUGUUGCCUGCCCGCACUCCAGACUGCUGACCCGCCCCCUCCCCCAGCUGCCCUCCCACACACCCCGCCUCAGCCUUCUUGGGGUGGAGGGCCAGGGAGGAGGAGGCAUAGACCUUGGGGUGCUGGGGGUGCUGGAUUCCUGCAUCUGUGUAUAUGCCAAAGAAGACAGGGUGGGCCAGGGGACAUGCUCCAGGAGGCCCCAGCACUGACGCGUGUCCCCCCGCCCUUCCUCACACUGACAUGCGGGGUGGGGUGCAGCGGAGUGCUCCCUCCUGGCAGAGAGACUGCCCAGCAGACCACCCCACGUGAGAGCGGGAGGGGCCGCCUCCAGCCACGGACCCAGGGAGCAUCUUGCCCAGGCUUUUUAUACCUUACAGUGUAACUUUUUUAUUUUAUUUUACUCUGAUCACGAUUAUUCAGGAAUAUUAUCUCAGAUAAGUUUAGGGUUAGCUUUCUGAUUUAUAACUUUUUACUGUGUUGAUUUCUGUAAAGGUUUGAUUUUCUUUCUGAGGGUGGGAGACGGGUGGGAAA